GAGUAUUGUUGUUUCUCCAUUGCAUUCAGAGUAUCUUCAACAGUGUAUAACCCCUUAUUAGAGAUUGUUCCUGUGUCUAAACCAUCACAGUUAUCCAUAGCCAUACCUGCCUCUAUCCGGACUCUUAUCAGUGACAUCAGCAGUGGUGCAACCAAACAGUGCCGCCCGCCGGGCAUCCACAGGGAACCUAAAAUCAUCGCCAGGAUUGUCACUUCAUCCUCAGAUCCUCUAUCUAUUCAGUCUAACUCUUUACAGAGUAUUGUGUAUGUCCUUUGAUAACAGAACACAGCCAUGAACGACCCCUACAAUCCAAAUCCGCCCCUCACCUACGAGGCGUCCGCCACCACCACUCAUCCCCACAUCGCUUCAACUCUACCGCCAGAGGUAGUCUCUUGUCUGAAAAAUUCACGCUUCCUCCAUCUCGCAACAUGCGACGGCUUAACCCCCCACAUCUCCCUCAUGUCCUACACCUACCUCCCCUCAACGCCUUUUGAUGCGCACCCAACUAUCAUAAUGACUACUAAUCCGUCAUCCCGGAAAACAAAUCACCUCCUCACAAACCCCCGAGUCUCCCUCCUCGUCCACGACUGGGUCUCUCACCGUCCCCCGCUCCGCGCCUCUAACCCGGGGGAUCGCGAUGGUUCUCCUCCGCCCGCGGCCACCCGUUCGUCACUAGCUGGUAUGUUGCUAAACCUGAAUACCAGUGCACUGUCUAGUAUUUCGACAACUCUUGCGGGAGAGGCACGGUUCCUAGAGCCAGGAUCUGAAGAGGAAAGCUGGUGUAAGGAGAGGCAUUUGGAGAAUAAUACGUUUGAGGAGGAGGAGAUGAAUAUGUUCGGUCUGCGGCAGCAGCAGCAACAGCAACAGUCAGGAGAGGCAGCCGGCCAACGACGUCCCAGUAUGACGGUCGAUGAUAAUGCGCGGGUUGUUACGGUUAAAGUACGCGAAGGACGGAUUGCAGAUUGGAAGGGUGGUGUUCGAGAUUGGACAAUUGUCACGGAUGGUCAGGAGCAGCCAGCGACAACGUCUGUCAAUGGUGUGCCGUCUUCGUCUUCGUAGCGAUCUCCGGGCUUAUUCUCUUACUUUCAUUGACGUUCAACACAACAUGAAACUAAACUCCAUACUACAUGGCGAUAUCCCAACUCAUUCCACUGGUAUUUAAUCCAACUAAGACAUACAGGGGUACUACUCUCCCCGCUAAACUGCU